UUCUAAUCACCCCAAAAGAAAGGAAAAGACAUCAAACUUUAGAGGAUAAUAACAUGUCAAAGGGUGACAAGGUUGAGGUUUUGGACUUUUGGGCUAGCCCAUUUUGUGCAAGAGUGAAAGUUGCUUUGGAAGAGAAGGGGGUGAAUUAUGUAGCCAGUGAAGAGGAUUUGUUUGGAGGCAAGAGUGAGCUUCUCCUUAAGUCAAAUCCUAUUCAUCAAAAAGUUCCUGUGCUCUUGCACAAUGACAAGCCUCUAGCCGAGUCUUCUAUCAUUGUUAGCUACAUUGAUGAAGUCUGGUCUUCCAACCCACUGCUUCCAACUCUUGCUUAUGAUCGUGCACAAGCCAGAUUCUGGACUGAUUACAUUGACAAAAAGGUAUUUGAAACCGGGAGGAGUAUCUGGGGAAGCAAUGGAGAAGAGAGAGAAGUGGGCACUAGGGACUUCAUUGAAGUUUUAAAGCAUCUUGAGGAAGCUCUAGGGGAGAAGGACUACUUUGGAGGUGAUGCCUUUGGUUAUGUUGACAUCAUAGCCAUUGGUCAUUCAGCUUGGUUUUUGGCCUAUGAGAAGCUUGGUGGCUUCAAAGUUGAAGACCACUCGCCAAAAAUCUCAGCUUGGAUUAAGAGGAGCUUGCAAAGGGAAUCUGUUGCCAAAGUUCUGCCAGACCCUGAGAAGGUCUACCAGUUUGUCCUUCAUUUCAGGAAGAUGUUAGGACUUGAAUAAUGAAUGAAAUUAAGCAUGCUUGGUUAAUGGUAUGCCUCAUGGCAGUGAAGGGUGCUUGUUGCUGCUUUUUUUUCUUUCUUUCUUUCUUUGACACUGUAUUAGAAUUUGCUGUUUUAGUUUUUAGUCAACUCUCAUAUGAUGGCUUGAAUUAAAAUAAGGGGAAUAAGAAAUAAUAGUGACCUCUGGGUUUGCUUUUCAACUAUAUUGGGUAUCCUAAUAGAUCAACUAUAAAGGGUUGAAGGAUUUUCACACAAAACAAUAGUGGCAGUACUAGAAAUCAAAAUUCCUUGCUCUCUUAUUCCA